ACUACGUCUUUUUUAGGCCUUUCAAUGUUGUCUGCAAUGUACCCAGGACCAGUAGUUCAAGAACUCGCCGCUAGGUGGUGCCAAAGAACCAGGCCCGACCGUUCGGCAACGAUCUACGCAAUCGUCCCUCGUCUUGUCAUCCGGAGAAACCUUUCACCAUGGCUCAAGUUAAACCAGUUAUGCGUGGACUGCUUGGACAGCAGAUCAAGAAGAACCUUAUAAUUUCUGGGGUUCUGUGCAUUAUAACGGUUGCAGCUUACAAAUUCGGUAUUCAGGAUCCAAGAAAAAAACGUUAUGCAGAGUUCUACAAAACUUAUGAUGCAGAGAAAGAGUUUGAGCGUAUCAGGAAUUUGGGAUUAUUGCAGUCGGCUAGACCAGAUGGCGAAGAGGAAUAAUUCCAUUACUGUAUUUUGUAUAGCGUGAACCUUUGCCGGAGGAUCUCCAGUGAGAUGUAACUUAAUAUUUUGUGUAUAGUCUUUAUUAUGGAUAUAAAAUAAAUUUAAAGCUGA